AUGUCCCCAAACUACGUCAACCGCGGUCAAUCAAGUCGGCAGGCAAACCAGGAUUUCCUGACGACCUUUGCGCCGGACCUAUCGGUUGGUUUUCCUGUCGUCGACAACAACUCAGAUGACUUCACGCCAUACGAGCGCAAGUGCACCGGCUCAUCAGUCUUCGAGGAUGAAUAUAUUCUGGAGCACGGGCGGACCUACCAAGCCUACAAACCUGGGCAAUAUUUCCUACCUAACGACGGCGAGGAACAGGACCGCCUGGAUAUGCAGCACGUCGCCAUCAUGCUCAUCAUGAAGCGGCGGCUCUACUGGGCGCCGAUUGAGGAGCCAGCCAACGUACUGGACAUCGGGACCGGCACGGGGAUCUGGGCGAUCGACUUCGCCAACGAGCACCCUUCGUCGCGCGUCUUCGGCACAGACCUGAGCCUGAUCCAGCCGAGGCAGAACGUCCCGCCCAACUGCAUCUUCGCGCGCGAGGACGCCGAGUACGACGCCUGGACCUUCGACCCGGCCCUCUUCGACUACGUCCACCUGCGCAUGAUGUUCAGCUGUUUCGACGACCCGCGCGCCGUCAUGGCUCGCGCCCGCGCCCACAUGGCGCCCGGCGGCUGGAUCGAGUUCCAGGAGCUGUUCGCCGACUUCCAGUCGUUCGACGGCUCGCACGCCGGCACGGCCCUCGAGCGCUGGACCCGGCUCCUGGUCGCGGGCGCCGCGGCCGCGGGAUCCGGCAACGGGUCCGGGCCCGGCCGCAGCCUCCUGCGCGUCCGCGACUACAAGCGCCUGCUCGAGGCCGCGGGCUUCGUCGACGUCCGCGAGGAGCUCGUGCCGUUCCCCUGCAGCCAGUGGGCCGGCGACGGCGCCUUCAAGGACGCCGGCCGCUUCACCGCCACGCUGCUGUCGCAGCGCGGGCUCGAGGGCGUCUCGCUGAAGCUCCUCGUGGCCGCGGGCCUGUCGCCGGCGGAGAUCCGGCAGCUCAUUGCCGAUGUGCUGAGGGACUUGAGGAAUCGGAAUAUCCAGUAA